UCACAUCCAACCCAACCCCCUACCCGCCACUAUAAAGUCCUCCUCCGCUUUCCGCCUCCUUCCUCCUCCUCCCCCUCUCCCGUCUCCGCUACUCCAAACUUAAUUUUGAUUUCUCGCCGGAGAAUUCCUCCUCCGCCUCCCGGCUCCUCCCCUCCGCCCUCGCUUCCGCAGGCGAACUAAACCAUGGCGACAGGUCAAAUUUUCUCCAAAACCACCCAAGCGUUAUUCUAUAAUUAUAAGCAACUUCCGAUCCAACGGAUGCUUGAUUUUGACUUCCUAUGUGGGAGAGAAACACCUUCUGUUGCUGGAAUAAUCAAUCCUGGUUCUGAUGGGUUUCAGAAACUUUUCUUUGGACAAGAAGAAAUUGCCAUUCCAGUUCAUCCUACAAUUGAAGCUGCCUGCAAUGCACACCCAACUGCUGAUGUAUUUAUCAACUUUGCAUCCUUUCGGAGUGCUGCCGCUUCUUCAAUGUCAGCUUUGAAGCAGCCAACAAUCAGAGUUGUAGCCAUCAUAGCAGAGGGUGUUCCUGAAUCAGAUACAAAACAACUUAUUAGUUAUGCACGUGCCAACAACAAGGUAAUCAUUGGACCAGCAACAGUUGGAGGAAUCCAAGCUGGUGCUUUCAAGAUUGGUGAUACUGCUGGAACCAUUGACAACAUUAUUCAAUGCAAGCUUUACAGGCCUGGAUCUGUUGGCUUUGUUUCUAAAUCGGGUGGCAUGUCAAAUGAGAUGUACAACACCAUUGCCAGAGUGACAGAUGGUAUUUAUGAAGGAAUUGCAAUUGGAGGGGAUGUUUUCCCUGGCUCAACUCUGUCAGACCACAUCCUGCGUUUCAACAACAUACCUCAGGUCAAAAUGAUGGUUGUUCUUGGGGAGCUUGGAGGAAAAGAUGAGUAUUCUCUUGUUGAAGCCCUGAAACAAGGAAAGGUUCAGAAACCUGUUGUUGCAUGGGUUAGUGGGACAUGCGCUCGUCUAUUCAAGUCUGAAGUGCAGUUUGGCCAUGCUGGUGCGAAAAGUGGUGGUGAGUUGGAAUCAGCACAAGCUAAGAACCAGGCACUAAAAGAUGCCGGGGCAGUUGUCCCUACUUCAUAUGAAGCUCUUGAAACUGCGAUCAAGGAGACAUUUGAGAAACUGGUUGAGGACGGAAAGAUCUCUCCUGUUACUGAGAUUACACCACCUCCUAUUCCAGAGGAUCUUAAAACCGCAAUUAAGAGUGGGAAGGUCCGAGCUCCCACACACAUUAUCUCCACUAUCUCGGAUGACAGAGGCGAGGAACCCUGCUAUGCUGGUGUCCCCAUGUCUACAAUUAUUGAACAGGGUUAUGGAGUUGGUGACGUUAUUUCGCUUUUGUGGUUCAAGCGCAGUCUUCCUCGUUACUGCACUCAGUUUAUUGAGAUGUGCAUCAUGCUUUGCGCUGAUCAUGGUCCUUGUGUAUCCGGUGCUCACAAUUCUAUAGUUACUGCUAGGGCUGGAAAGGACCUUGUUUCCAGCUUGGUAUCUGGUUUAUUGACAAUUGGCCCCCGUUUUGGUGGUGCAAUUGAUGAUGCUGCCCGGUACUUCAAAGAUGCAUAUGAUAGAAAUCUCACACCUUAUGAGUUCGUUGAGGGUAUGAAAAAGAAGGGAAUCCGUGUCCCUGGGAUUGGUCACAGGAUCAAGAGCAGAGACAACAGAGAUAAGAGAGUGCAGCUUCUACAGAAAUAUGCCCACACACAUUUCCCUUCUGUCAAAUACAUGGAGUAUGCUGUCCAGGUUGAGACCUACACCCUGUCAAAAGCCAACAAUUUGGUUCUGAACGUCGAUGGUGCGAUUGGGUCGCUUUUCUUGGAUCUUCUUUCUGGCAGUGGAAUGUUCAGCAAACAAGAAAUCGAUGAGAUUGUUGAGAUUGGUUACCUUAAUGGACUCUUUGUGCUUGCGCGUUCAAUUGGUCUCAUCGGGCACACCUUUGACCAGAAGAGGCUCAAGCAACCACUCUACCGCCACCCAUGGGAGGAUGUCCUCUACACCAAGUGAAGACUCGGUUGUUCUUAAUAUUACCUAGAUAUUCCAGCUUUGUACACACUUCAAAAGGUCAAGCGAAAUUGCAUAAAAGUGAACGCCGAUGAAACUAGGGGGAGAAGAAUGGGGUCACCGGUGACCGCUGUUGUUGCGUGUUUCAAGUUAGUUGCAAAUUGAGAUCUGUUCCUGAUUUUUGUCAAAGCAAGAACCAUUAGGACAACAUGGGGGAUAUUGGAAAUUUACUGUAUCAUCGUGUACUAUCGAUUCUCUCAACGAAAAAAAAAAUCUAGUCUGAUGCUAAUGUGUUCACCGGUCGUGGAGAGUGUUGUAAUGUUUGUGAUUGUCAAUGUGCCACUUCGAUAGGCAUCAUUUUUGCUAUUAAAAAUAAAAUAAAAUUUGCAUGUCUUUCCUGCUUC